AUGAAUAACGAGAAAUCGUCUACGCCACCAGUAACUGAAGAACCUGGUAAGGAUAAGGACGAGCCCGAGGAUCUGUCAAAAGACAGCGCCACAGAGGAGGAACUGCCCAGUCUUAAUCCAAUUCCGACCGCAUGGCUUUCUGCCGGUGCAUCCUGGUUCAAUACAGCUAGGGAGAAGACAAAGAAUACACUCGAUCUUAUGAAGAAGGAUUUGGCCGAGUUUGGAGACGCUAUGACUCAGGAAGUUGCUGGUCUCACGACCGCUGCGAAAGGAGGCAUCGACACGGCCACAACUGUUAUCAAAGAGCAGGCGCAAUAUCUAGAAAAGUUAGUUACGCCUGACGAAGAAGAGAAGCCGGUGGUCGAUGAAAAGGAGGAGAAACCUGAUAUUGAUACGCUUCCGAAGUCGCAGUCGUAUGAAAGUUCAUUGGCUGCUAAGGUCGAAAAAGGUGCUGCAUUGGGAUUUGGUUGGAUGAAGUCUGUCGUGGACACCGUCACCGAUACUGUUAAGAGCUUAGCUGUUGAAGAAACAACCGAUGGCGAAGAAGACAUAACUGAAGUUAUUCGACCGAGAAUUUUCCGUAAAACCAUUUUACCUCCGGAGAAGUUGUUGGAGUUACAAUCGACUGAAAAUACUUUCCGCAAAGAACCAGAGAAUGCUGAAGGAUAUUCGAAAUGGGUGGCUCGAUUUAAUAUUGAAGAAUACGAUGCUGAAAUCAAUAUGCUUAUUGCAAAUAACCAAUCAUUGAGGGAGAUCUACUCCAAGCUGGUGCCGUCAGAGUUGGACAGCAAAGUUUUCUGGUCCCGGUACUUCUUUGCCGUGCAAAUUGCAGAAAUGGACGAGGAACUCCGCCAAUCAUUUUCGUUGAAGGAACUGACUAUCAAGACUGAUGGAAAGAAACAGAAAAAGGGCACGGCAAAAGGAGACAGAGAAUCGCCUGAAUCGGAUGGACUAGCUACUGUUGUUGACCAACAGCCCACUAGUCCUGCCCCUUCGGCGGAUGAUUGGAGUGUGUGCAGCGAAAAGAACUAUGUUGAGGAAAUAAGCUCGACUAAUGGGGAGGAUGAACAAUCAGGACCCCUUACACCUCGUGCAAAAGACGAAGAAGAAUCCAAAGACCCGAAGAAGAAGGAAGAUAACUGGGUGGUGAGCUCCCCCAUCAUGAGUGGCCCUGGUUUCGUUGGCAUCAAAUUCUGUCCAGAAUGCAAUAACAUGCUCUAUCCUCGAGAAGACAAAGAACAUCGUCAACUUAUGUAUGCAUGCAGAAACUGUGAUCAUAAACAGAUUGCCGACAAUCCAUGUAUAUACGUAAAUAAGCUGGUACACGAAGUCGAUGAGUUGACUCAAAUUUGUGCUGACGUAGUACACGAUCCUACGCUGCCGAAAACUGAAGAUCAUCCGUGCCCAAAGUGUGGCGGUACUCAAGCAGUUUUCUUCCAAGCCCAAACCAGAAGGGCAGAGGAGGAGAUGAGGCUUUACUAUGUGUGCGUAGACACUACAUGCAGUCAUCGUCUAUUGCUGGCCUACAAUGGUUUCGGUAUUGGCAAGGACCACGCAAACAUUUCUGCGGCUUUGAUCUCGAGUGGACGAGAAGAUUUGAAGGAGGCCAUGUUUGUAUGUGAAGAUGGUAUCAUUGCCGCAACUCGAGUAGCAAACAUGCUGCUUGCUUUGAAGGCAUCCAAAGACUGUCAAUUGGGUUUACUACGGGCCAAGCUUCACGCUUUAGCCAAAUACCUCGAUGGCCCAAUAUCUGUGGUAUCAAGAAAUGUCUAA